AUGAAUACUCGUUGCCAGAGCAAUUCACAUUACGAAGAACGGGGCAAUUCAGACGCUCAUUACGUCCACAGACGACAGCAGCGCAAACAACGGCAAGCCUCAUUGAAUCACCUCCUGAACUUUACACUACCUGAACGCGAGACCACUGAAGAGACAAUGCCAAGGUCGACCAAUAACGGUGGCUCUUACAAGCCGUAUAAGAAGGAAGAUUAUCUCAAUGCAAACUUCCGGUUUCUACUCGAUGCAUCUGGUGAUUAUACAAAGCAAUUGAACGAUCCAGAUAUUUCUUUUGAUUGGGAUUGGAUUGAACAAGUAUUAUUGUAUGGAAUGUCUUCAUGCCCAAUUUGUUUGGAAUCACCUACAGCCGCACGCAUUGCUCGAUGUGGUCACGUGUUUUGCCUUGGUUGUAUCUUGCAUUGUCUUCAAGAACAUAAAGCUUGCCCUAUUUGUUGGGAUUGUAUCCUCGGCCCUCGUGAUCUCAAGCCUGUCAAGGUCCUAGAGAGCAAGACAUAUAAUGCAGGUGAUUCAAUCGAUCUAUGCUUAGUGCAUCGCCAUGCCAAUUCCAUGUUUGCUCUGCCUGCUGCCUCCUCUACAACAACCACCACUACGACGAAUACCUCGUUGAUCCCUUGGAAUACGGCACCUCUCGCCAUGCAAUUUUCGAGAUUCAUGCUAGCCAAGCCAGAAUACAUGGAAGCAGAAUAUGACAAGGAUGCAGAAUGCCUUGGCAAAGCUAUCCAGGAUGUCGAUGAGGAUAAUGAAUUGGCAGCUUUACUUGCUGGAUUGGAUGUGGUGCAUACAAACAAGGAACGACAUCAGCAACAACGAGAAGCAGCAUCAUCAUUGAACAACAACAACAAUCAUCAUAACCAUCAUCGGAUACAUCAACAGCAUGAAGCAGGAGGAGAAUCAAGAGUGGAUUAUCAUUUCUAUCAAGAAGCAAACGGGCAAUUUAUCUUUUUGAAUUCACGCGAUAUCCGAGUACUCAAACACGAGUUUGGUGAUUAUCAUUUAUUCCCUUUACGGAUACGACCGGUGAUUCGAGCAUUGGAGGAAAUCAUCUUGACAGAGGAGCAUAGACGUCGUUCAAAGUACCUGGGUCAUCUCCCCAUUGGAUGUACGAUUACGCUGGUGUCCGUAGACUUGGCUGGAAUUGUUUCCAAAGAGACAUUGGAUAUUUUCGUGGACCAUUCGAUCCCAGAGAAGCAAGAGGCGAAAAACGAAGCCGUGCCUGAAGAAGAGACUACAUCUCAUGAGACGAUCCGAGAACUUGUGGCGGAAGAAGAGUGGUCUGAUGAGGAGGAGAUGUUACAGCAUGUGCUUAGGAUAUCGGCAUUAGAGUAUCACAAGGAGAGUACAGCCCAUGAUUCAACAACAACGACGAAAGACCAAGCUGAGGAUCCGGUGGAUGAAGACCAUGAUGAUCACGCAUACGACGAUUGGGAAUGGGAAGAAUAUGUAGAAACCAGCAAGUCGACUAGGCAGCGCCGGUAG